GCGGACAAGAUGGCGGCGGCAGCGGUCGACAGCGCGAUGGAGGUGGUGCCGGCGCUGGCGGAGGAGGCCGCGCCCGAAGCGGCGGGCCUCAGCUGCCUCGUCAACCUGCCCGGCGAGGUGCUGGAGUACAUCCUGUGCAGCGGCUCGCUGACGGCCGCCGACAUCGGCCGCGUCUCCAGCACCUGCCGGCGACUGCGCGAGCUGUGCCAGAGUAGCGGGAAGGUGUGGAAAGAGCAGUUCCGGGUGAGGUGGCCUUCCCUUAUGAAACACUACAGCCCCACCGACUACGUCAAUUGGUUGGAGGAGUAUAAAGUUCGGCAAAAAGCUGGGUUAGAAGCCCGGAAGAUUGUAGCCUCAUUCUCAAAGAGGUUCUUUUCGGAGCACGUCCCUUGUAACGGUUUUAGUGACAUUGAGAAUCUUGAGGGACCAGAGAUAUUUUUUGAGGAUGAAUUGGUGUGUAUCCUAAAUAUGGAAGGAAGAAAAGCUUUGACCUGGAAAUACUACGCUAAAAAAAUUCUCUACUACCUACGCCAGCAGAAAAUUUUAAAUAACUUGAAGGCAUUUCUUCAGCAGCCUGAUGACUAUGAAUCGUAUCUUGAAGGUGCUGUAUAUAUUGACCAGUACUGCAAUCCUCUCUCUGACAUCAGCCUCAAAGAUAUCCAGGCCCAGAUUGACAGCAUUGUGGAGCUUGUUUGCAAAACCCUCCGGGGCAUCAACAGUCGACACCCCAGCUUGGCCUUCAAGGCAGGUGAAUCCUCCAUGAUAAUGGAGAUAGAACUCCAGAGCCAGGUGCUGGAUGCCAUUAACUAUGUUCUUUACGACCAACUCAAGUUUAAGGGGAACCGGAUGGAUUACUAUAAUGCCCUCAACUUGUAUAUGCACCAGGUUUUGAUUCGCAGAACAGGAAUCCCGAUCAGCAUGUCUCUGCUCUACUUGACAAUUGCCCGGCAGUUGGGGGUCCCACUGGAACCUGUCAACUUCCCCAGUCACUUCUUGUUAAGGUGGUGCCAGGGUGCAGAAGGGGCAAGCCUGGACAUCUUUGACUACAUCUACAUAGAUGCCUUUGGGAAGGGGAAGCAGCUGACGGUAAAGGAGUGUGAAUACUUGAUCGGCCAGCACGUGACAGCGGCGCUGUAUGGGGUGGUCAACGUGAAGAAGGUGUUACAGCGAAUGGUGGGAAACCUUUUAAGCCUGGGAAAGCGGGAGGGCAUCGACCAGUCCUACCAGCUCCUGAGAGACUCGCUGGAUCUGUAUCUGGCGAUGUACCCGGACCAGGUGCAGCUCCUCCUCCUUCAGGCCAGGCUCUACUUCCACCUGGGGAUCUGGCCAGAGAAGGUGCUUGACAUCCUCCAGCACAUUCAAACCCUAGACCCCGGGCAGCACGGGGCGGUGGGCUAUCUGGUGCAGCACACGUUAGAGCACAUUGAGCGCAAGAAGGAGGAGGUGGGCGUGGAGGUGAAGCUGCGCUCCCAUGAGAAGCACAGAGACGUCUGCUACUCCAUUGGGCUCAUUAUGAAGCAUAAGAGGUAUGGCUAUAACUGUGUGAUCUAUGGUUGGGACCCCACCUGCAUGAUGGGACACGAGUGGAUCCGAAACAUGAACGUCCACAGCCUGCCUCAUGGCCAUCAUCAGCCUUUCUAUAAUGUUCUGGUGGAGGAUGGUUCUUGUAGAUAUGCAGCCCAAGAAAACUUGGAAUAUAAUGUGGAGCCGCAGGAAAUCUCGCACCCUGAUGUCGGACGCUAUUUCUCAGAGUUUACCGGCACGCACUACAUCCCAAACGCAGAGCUAGAGAUCCGGUAUCCAGAGGAUCUGGAGUCUGUGUAUGAAACGGUGCAGAAUAUUUACAGUGCAAAGAAGGAGGACGUAGAGUAACGUCUGGUAGAGGACACUGCACCUUUGCCGCUGCCGCUGUCCUCCAGGAGAACAGGAUUCCGGAAGAAGACGUCUCCACGGAUCCCUCUGGAUUCACACCACCAGGAAAGCCACUUAACCAGUAGUGCUGGUUGCCUCCUACCAAGUUUAAAUAACGUGUGCUCUCCUCCAGCUGCAAAGACAAUGUUGCUCUCCGCCUACACUAGUGAAUUCAUUUGACGGCACUGUGUUCAGUGGCAUGGCUUGUGUGCUUGUCCCGUGGUGACAGUUCGUGACAUUCUGUCUUCAUGAGGUCUCACAGUCGACACUCUUAGAGUCAUUCUUCCUGCUCACUUCCCGUACGUCUGUCUCCACCUGUCUCAGAACAUUUCAUUUGCCAGACAGAGGGGGGUCCCAUGUUGGCAAUAACUUCUUUCUGAUUUCUCUGUGGAACACGUGCAGUCCUGAGUCGGGGCUGCUUGUUUACCCUGAAUUGAGUUGCUCAUUCGGAGGGGGAGGCUGUGAGUGAUCGUGGCAGCAUCUGAGAGCUGGGGACAUUAACAGACUAACAGUAAUCAGAAUCCUCCGCAUUUAUUUUUUCUAAUAUUUGAAACAGAUUUCAGGCGUUUUAUCUUCUCCUUUAUUUGAAUUGGGAGAAUAGCAUAGCUUUUCCUUCGUGUUCCUCUCAGAUUUAUGCUCAUCUCUCUGCGAAACCUUAGUUUUCUGUUUCAUUACAUAAAAUCUUUUGAGAAAGUGCAUCAUAAUGGCCUUUAUGGAUGGAUUUUCCCACAUUCAUCUAUUCCUCCCUUUAACAUAACUACUUUUUUUUCUUUUAAUUUUAAAAAUUGUUCCAGUAACAUGAACAGAUCAAGUCAGUGACGGGUUCUCUUUAUAGUAGGAAGUAUAAUCUGGUGUUAAAAUGUUUGCUUUUAGAAACCGUACACGGUGGUCUCCAAAGACCUGAAAAGAAGGUUUCACUUUUGUAAUCGGAAAAAAGAAAUAAUGAACCUUAUACAGUUUUUUAAAGAGGAAAGAGGAGGUUCUAUGCCCCCUGCCAUCCCGUAGUAUCACUCUAAGACCCUUUGGGUGUGGUGGGGUGGAAACAAGGAGGACGUCUUUAAUUUGAAGAGUGUUCGAUCAGUGGGGAAGGAGGCGGGGGCCCUGCUUUCUCGAAGUGCUGCUGUGUCUCGCAGAUACCACUGGCUUCUGCCCUGUGCCCUUAGUCCCGGAGCGUGAGGGCACCGGGUCCUUGCGCGGCUCCAGGCGCCUGCCGCUCUCCACCUGCCUGUUCUCAAGCGAGCUAGCUAACUCGUAGUUAACCAAUAGAAGCUAACUCCUGGAGUUAGGACCUAGUUACUUUACUCGGAGUUGAAAAGAACCCAGUUGCUCUGGUGAGUGAGGCUUCGGGGGCUGUGAUCCGGCCCCGCCUCUCUGCCCUUCUGUGCAUUUGCAUGCUGUUUUCCCACGCCGUGUUUGAGGACUGCCUCUCGUUUAGCCCGUGGAAGCCCUGGGAUGGCCGAGGUUUGGGGAAGCCAGCUGAGACCACUUGGUAGUACCUGGCGGCUGGUAAGCAGUUAGUAGAGAUGAGGGUCUGGCGGGCCGGCUCCUGCCAGCCUGAGUUAGCCUCGCCAGUGUCCGCGUCCCUCGUCAGUCCGAUCCAGAGCCUGAUGGGUUAGAUUUGCCUGGGAAAUGUGACCACUCACAGCACCCAGCCUGCUGAGGCUGGGGGUCUUAACACUACUCUCGUUUAAAGGUGAGAACUAGUUUAAUCCAGAGGUAAUACUAACCAGAUGCAUUACUAAGAAACUGUGGAGCAUGCUGAGUUAUAAUUGAUUUCCUUUUUUUCUUAGAGUAACAUCAAAGCCAAGAAGGAUGGUUUUACCUUUACUGACCCAAUGUAAAUAUGUAUCUAGACCGUUUUUAAAUGUGUUUCUUCAUGAAUGCUUCAUUUUGGCUCCAGGAAGCCUGUGUCACCUGUGUAAGUUGGUAUUUGGGCACUUUAUAUUUUUCUAAAAACGUGUUUUGGAUCUCCUGUACUCUAAUAAAUCAUAAGUUUCUUUUUAAAAUUUUUUCCAAAAGUUUCUCCAUUUUAAAAAGCCCUGUUACAACAAAGUAGGACUUUCAUGAUGUUAAAGUAUUAAAUAUUUGGAUAUAUAGUAACUUCUUUUCUCUUCAAAUGAAUGCCAAGAUUUUUUUGUACAAUGAUUAAUAAAUGGAACUUACCCAGAGAAACCA